AUAGUUAAACCUAAUUUAUAACUACGCCUGACCAUAGUUAAACUCAGGUGGACGCUAAAGGUUGGUUGCGCAAAUGGAGUCGUCGUUAUCAAUUUGGGAAUACACUGUAAUCCUCUUUAUGCGUCCCUUCCUCGCCAUAGCUUUCGUUCUCUCCUUAAUCACUCUAGGUUGGUUUUUGGCAUGGAAAUUGGUGCUGGUUCAUGUUCCGUUGGUUCAAGAAAUUUUUGGCCUGAAAAAGAAACCUCUUCGAUCUAAGCCACAAACUGGUCGUCUUUCCAAAAUUUACAGCACCAUUAAUGCCCCAAUUUCAUCUUCCACUUAGGUGUUGCGGCCGCGUAAAGACUUUCGUGAUCACGAUAUGAUAAUUGGAUUGUGAAAUAAGCAAACAUGGGAACUUGGAUAGUAGGACAACCAUUGACUCGGUGAUUAAUCAUAUGAAAAAUCAGCAGUAAUCAACGCGCCUCCAAAGCUUUGGAGAUGUUUAUAUUAUAUACUCUUUGUACAUACUCCUUCCGUUCCUUUAUAAGUGUCAAUUUCUUGUAAAAAAUUUGUUUUUUUUAAUUGUCACUUGCAAAGUUCAAGGUA